AUGAAGGACACUCAGAUCGCAGGGGAUCCCUCCGACAGCAGAUCGCUUCACAUUGUUGUUGAGGGCCAACCGACAAGACAAAAGCGUAGUACAUGUGAAAUUUUAAAGAAGCGGCAAGCCUUACUUACUUCACGUUUCGUGUUCGACGAUCAUAUACGUUGUAUGGCGGCUAAACAGAGAUUGACCAAGGGGCGCCAAACUGCAAGGGGCUUGAAAUUGCAAGCCAUAUGUGAUCUACUUGGUGUACCACGAAUAGGAUCUACGUCUCCUUGUGCAAAUCCUUUUAGAAUUGUCAAAGGUUGCGCUCCUGGAAGCGUUAGGAAGCAGGUAAACUGACC